AAAAAAACGGCGCUGACGUCACAGGGAACUCUCGCAGUCAAACUCUCGUCUCGCGAGAAUAUAUGUCAGCGGAAUGGAUCUCGGUGGGAAUGGCGGAGGUCUGCCGGUAAACAAUAAACAGAGAGCAAUGACACCGAAUAAAAGCAGAGGCGAAUUCCCCCGGAAUUCAAGAAAAGACUCAGACGGUCUGUCUGAGUCUCCGGAUCUGGAGUUUGAAUAUUCUGAUACAGACAAAUGGGCUUCAGAGCUGUCAGAGCUUUACAGCUACACCGAAGGACCAGAGUUUGCUCUGAACAGGAAGUGCUUUGAGGAGGAGUUCAGCACUCAUGUGUCAGACAAAAAGUGGACGGAGCUGGACGCAGCUCAGCACCGAGCGCACGCCAUGCGCCUCCUGGACAGUCUGGAAGUCAUCGUUCGGGAGAAGAGGCUGAAGGUUGCCAGAGCUAUUCUCUACAUGACUCAGGGGACUUUUGCAGAGUGCAGCUCAGAGGUUGAGGUGCAAUACUGGAUGAGAUAUAACAUAUUUCUGCUGCUGGAUGUGGGGACCUUCUCUGCUCUGGUAGAACUGCUCAACAUGGAGAUGGAUAACAGUGCUGCCUGCAGCAGUGCGGUCAGAAAACCCGCCAUCUCCCUCGCCGACAGCACCGAGCUGAGGGUUCUGCUCAACAUCAUGUACCUGAUGGUGGAAACGAUCCAGCAGGACGAUCCGGCCGAUAAGCCCGAGUGGAAGACCAUGAGGGAAACCUUCAGAGCAGAACUGGGUUCUCCUCUGUUCAACAACGAACCCAUUUCUGUCACGCUCUUCGGGAUGGUCACCAAGUUCUGCAGCGGCCACGCCCCUCACUUCCCAAUGAAAAAAGUGCUGCUGUUGUUGUGGAAAAGCAUUCUGUUCACUCUUGGAGGGUUUGAGCAGCUCCAGAGCCUGAAGGUCCGUAAACGUCAGGAACUGGGUCUCCCUCCUCUGCCGGAGGACAGCAUCCGGGUGGUCCGCAGCAUGAGGGCGGCCUCUCCUCCCGCUUCGGCGUCUGACCUCAUCGAGCAGCAGCAGAAACGAGCCCGCCGUGAACAUAAGGUCCACGCCGUUCUAGCAUUCAUCACUGGUUCUCCCCAUCUUCUCAUAAUGAUGACCUCCUCACGUUUGCAGGCGCUGAUCAAACAAGACAACCUGGAUGCUUUCAAUGAGAAGGACCCCUACAAGGCCGACGACGCUCGUGACGACGAGGACGACAAUGAUGACAACGACAACUCUUUGGAGACGGAAACCUUCCCGAUGGAGAGAGACGAAGUGAUGCCUCCACCCAUUCCCCACCCUCCAUCGGAGAGGGUGUCCUUCCCUAAGGGGCUGCCGUGGGCCCCUAAAGUCAGAGAAAAAGAUAUUGAAAGUUUUCUGGAAUCAAGCCGAAGUAAAUUCAUCGGUUACACUCUUGGAAGUGACACAGACACAGUGGUUGGUUUACCUCGGCCCAUUCACGAAAGCAUCAAGACGCUAAAGCAGCAUAAAUAUGUCUCCAUAGCAGAAAUCCAGAUGGCAAAGGAGGAGGAAUACCAGAAAACUCCUCUGUCGGGUGGUGAUGAGGAAGUGGAGAUGUCUGCCACGGAGCUGCUGUAUCAGGGAAUCCUGCCCAGUCUGCCUCAGUACAUGAUCGCUCUGCUGAAGAUCCUGCUGGCUGCUGCUCCAACAUCCAAAGCCAAAACAGACUCCAUUAACAUCCUGGCCGAUGUGCUGCCCGAGGAAAUGCCGACCACGGUGCUGCAGAGCAUGAAGCUGGGAGUCGACGUCAACCGGCACAAGGAGAUCAUCGUGAAGGCCAUCUCUGCCAUCCUGCUGCUGCUCCUCAAACACUUCAAACUCAAUCACAUCUACCAGUUUGAGUACAUGGCUCAGCACCUGGUGUUUGCAAACUGCAUCCCGCUCAUCCUGAAGUUCUUCAACCAGAACAUCAUGUCUUACAUCACAGCGAAGAACAGCAUUUCAGUUCUCGACUUCCCACAUUGUGUCGUUCACGAGCUCCCGGAGUUAACCGCUGAGAGUCUGGAGGCCGGAGACAACAACCAGUUUUGCUGGAGGAAUCUGUUCUCCUGCAUCAACCUGCUGAGGAUCCUGAACAAGCUGACCAAAUGGAAGCACUCCAGGACGAUGAUGCUGGUUGUGUUCAAGUCGGCUCCCAUCCUGAAGAGGGCGCUGAAGGUCAAGCAGGCCAUGAUGCAGCUCUACGUUCUCAAACUGCUCAAAGUGCAGACUAAAUACCUGGGGAGGCAGUGGAGGAAAAGCAACAUGAAGACCAUGUCGGCCAUCUACCAGAAGGUCCGCCAUCGCCUCAAUGACGACUGGGCCUACGGGAACGAUCUGGACGCCCGUCCCUGGGACUUCCAGGCCGAGGAGUGCGCCCUGCGCGCCAACAUCGAACGCUUCAACAGCCGCCGCUACGACAAGACCAACAACAACCCGGACUUCCUGCCGGUGGACAACUGCCUGCAGAGCGUUCUGGGCCAGCGGGUGGAGCUGCCCGAGGACUUCCAGAUGAACUACGACCUCUGGCUGGAGCGGGAGGUUUUCUCCAACCCCAUAUCGUGGGAGGAACUGCUGCAGUGAGAAUCCGACGCUCGUUCUGAACUCUUUAAAUUUGUCCUUCCGGGAGACCAAACAAUUCUGAGAGAAACUUUUAGCAUCAAAGGCUCCAAAACCGUCAUGUAAGUGAAGUCUUUCCCUCUUUUCUAAUCAGUGGGAAUCAUGGAGCUGCCGUGUGUGCCUCUGACAGGACAACAGAAUACGUCCACUUACUAUAAGGAAAGUUUUCUUUUAAAUAUUUAUAUGUGAUAUGAAACGAACGGGCCAAGAUCUCUCUCUGAGAUCAGUGAGAGGUUUUCCUUUAGUCUUAAAACGAACAAAAACUUUGAGGAUUAGUUCUGGUGCUGGAACAUUAGAAACAUCAAACUGCUGGAGAAAUCCCACAGACGGGACCAUUUUUGACCAUUUUUAGGACGGUUGGAGGAUAAAGUGUGAAUGAUGACAUUUGUUUGUUAUAUAUAUACUGUAAUAAACCAUUUCUGAACUGCA